AUGGUCGCGUUUCCAGAACCUGGCUGCGCCGGUGAAGGAUCGGGGACGGUGGACUUACAUGACGCCGGCUCCCAGGCCACGAUGGCAAGUGUUGACGGAGUUACGGCGCUGCAUACCGCGGCGAUUGACGGGUCGGAAGCAGCCACACGCCUACUCCUCGACGCCGGAGCCAAUGUUUCUGCCGUCAACUUCGACCAAGAGACGCCUCUGCACGUGGCGGCUAUGUUUGGGCAUGAAGCCGUUGUCAGGCUUCUCAUCGACUUCGGGGUUAAUGUUUCGGCGCCAAAUUGCUAUGGAAGCACAGCGCUACACGGUGCCGGCCUCCGCGGGCACGCAGCCGUCGUCAGGCUUCUCCUCGAUGCCAAAGCCAGCGUCCAUGCGGUGGACAACAACGGCGACUCGCCAUUGCUGUCCUCGGUAAGCGGCGGUCUUGCGGUAGUGGCCCAGCUGCUUGAUGCUGGAGCCGAUGUCUCGGCAACAGGCUAUGGUAGAGAGACGGCCCUGCAUCGAGCCGCGGCAUGGGAGUCCAGAGAUGUGGUGCAGCGACUUCUCGAUGUUGGAGCAGACAUCUCGGCAAGAUCGAACAAUGGAGAAACACCGCUGCACGAGGCUGUCACUUGGGGCCAAGGGGAUCGAGGGAAGCUACAGCUGCUGCUCGAUACCGGCGCUGAUGUAUCUGCCGUCACUGCCCAAGGGGAGACACCGUUGCAUCGUGCAGCCGCCGCGGGAGAUGGAAUAGCAGUUUCAGUGCUCCUGGAUGCCGGCGCCGACUUGACGAAAGCGAACCAAGACGGAAAGACGGCGCUCCAUCUCGCGGCAGGUCGAGGGGGUGAAAACGCCAUUACCGCUCUGCUGAAAGCCGGAGCCGAUGUGAGGGAGGCAACUGGAGACAGCGAGACGGCUUUGCAUCUCGUAGCGUCCAUUCCCGUGGAGAACCAAGGCUCGCGGAACAGCGCGCGGCUGUUGCUGGAGGCUGGCGCGGAUGUCUCGGCGACGAACAGCGACGGAGAGGUGGCACUCCAUUAUGCGGUUGCCCAGCGGCUUGAGAACACCACGCGCCUCAUCCUCAACGCCGGGGCCGAUGUCAUGGCGAGAACUCCCAACGGCAAGACACCGUUGCAUAUUGCAGCAACGAAAGGAUGGGAGCAGGGGACGCAGCUGCUGCUUGACAAGGGAGCCGACGUGUCAGCAACCACUGAUGACGGGAAGAUGCCGCUCCAUUUCGCGGCAGCCGGGGGGUGGGAAGAAGAGACACGGCUGCUCCUUGGAGCCGGGGCCAGUGUCGCUGCACAAACAGCUGCUGGCGAGACACCGCUGCACUGCGCAGUCACCCAGGGGCCGAAAUCGCAUCUUCCGCCGCUCUGGCCGGAACUGCAACCGGAUUUGCUGGACCAGAUGUCGCAAAGGGGCGUGGCGGUUAUACGGGCGCUCAUUGAUGCCGGGGCCAGCCCAGUCACGCCGACGACCGAGGGGGAGACGGCCUUGCAGCGCGCCGAGGCCUUGGGGUUGGACGCCGUGGCCGAGGUGCUUCGCCAAGCGGAGGCUGACGCCGUGGAGUUGUAG